GCCUCCCGGGGAAGCGGGGCCGCCGCUCGCGAGCGCAGCUCUGCCCAGCCAGCCAGCCGCGCGUCCGGGUGCCCGCGCCCCACGGCCACAGCCUUCCUGCGCUUUAGCUCACGGAGCAUGUGCAGACCUGCUGGCGCUAAGGUGCUAUCUGUCCGGGGGACUCCUAAGCCGUGGUGACUGUCACGCCUAGAGAGACCUUUCGGGGGCUGUCGCCGCGCCUCUGCGUCGCGGGUGACACUGCGGUGCUCGAGAUCGGGGCAACAGCUGCCUCUUGGUGGAGGCGUCUUGGGCUCCGUGCGUUCUCCUUCUCCGUCCUCCUCUGCUCGCUCCUUCCCAACCCCCCUGCUGCUCGCUCCUACCCUCGCCCGCUCACACCCGCAGCCUCCCGGAGCGGGAGGCGCGCGUCCCCGCCGUUCCUCUUCCAAAGGGGCCUCCUCACUUCGGAGAUGCAGUGACAAGUUAAUAUGGGCGUCCAAGCAUCGGGUUCCCAGGAGGAGAAUCGCAAGAGGGAACAGCCCCUGAACGCCCACAUCCCUUGAACAGGCCGCCCAGGAGGGGCGUGAAACCCGGCUGCAGCAUCAGUCCAGGUGGGACCAGCUGAGCUCCACGACCAGUCCUCUGCUCCAUCCCGCACCCCGAAGGCGCGCUCGCGGGCUUGCUGCGAGCUCCCCGACCCGGGUUUUUUUUUUUUCCUCCGCUGGUGGUGGGCGCCUCGCGGGCCGAGGCCCGGCGCCUGCUCUGCUACCCGCGCUGCCUUUAGCGGUUGCCUCCGCCGCCGCUGCCAGGGACGUGCUGGGAAAGCCGAAGCCCCGGGAGAAGAUGCCGGCCAUCCUGGUCGCCUCCAAAAUGAAGUCGGGACUGCCCAAACCCGUGCACAGCGCCGCGCCCAUCCUGCACGUGCCCCCAGCCCGGGCCGGCCCCCAGCCCUGCUACCUCAAGUUGGGAAGCAAGGUGGAGGUGAGCAAGACUACCUACCCUAGCCAGAUCCCCCUGAAAUCCCAGGGGCCGCAGGAGCCGGCGGGGGAGGGGCUCCCGCUGCGGAAGAGCGGCUCGGUGGAAAACGGGUUCGAUACCCAGAUCUAUACGGACUGGGCCAAUCACUAUUUAGCCAAAUCGGGCCACAAACGUCUCAUCAAGGACCUCCAGCAAGAUGUGACAGACGGCGUCCUCCUGGCUCAGAUUAUCCAGGUUGUGGCAAAUGAAAAGAUUGAAGACAUCAAUGGCUGUCCAAAGAACAGAUCACAAAUGAUUGAAAACAUAGAUGCCUGCUUGAAUUUCCUGGCAGCGAAGGGAAUAAACAUCCAGGGACUGUCUGCAGAAGAAAUCCGGAACGGCAACCUCAAGGCCAUCCUGGGCCUCUUCUUCAGCCUCUCCCGCUACAAGCAGCAACAGCAGCAGCCCCAGAGGCAGCACCUGUCCGCGCCGCCGCCGCCGCCGCCCGCCGGGGCCCAGGCGGCCGCGGCCCCCUCCCAGUGCCAGGCUGGCGCUCCUCAGCAGCAGGUGCCCGCCGCCCCCCAAGCCCCGGGCCAGCCUCUGCAGCCGGUGCCACAUCAGCAGUCAAAAGCCCAAGCUGAGAUGCAGUCCAGUGCAUCAUCCAAGGACUCAUCUCAAAGCAAAAUCAUCCGCUUCACUCUGGGUCAGAAAAAGAUUUCUAGGCUUCCAGGUCCUACCGCAAGGAUAUCUGCUGCAGGCAGCGAAGCCAAAACACGUGGAGGGUCAGCAACUGCUAACAACCGACGCAGCCAGAGCUUUAACAACUAUGACAAGUCCAAACCAGUCACUUCCCCACUUCCACCACCACCACCACCAAGCAGCCACGAGAAAGAGCCAUUGGCGAGCCCAGCCUCCGCCCACCCCGGAAUGAGCGAAAAUGCACCUGCUCCUCUGGAGAGCGGCUGCAGUUCCAGCCCCGCUAACAGCAGCACCUCCUCAGCUAUCCCACAGCCCGGCGCAGCCUCCAAGCCCUGGCGCAGUAAGUCGGUCAGCGUGAAGCACAGCGCCACGUCGUCUAUGCUCUCGGUCAAGCAGCCCGUGCCCGAGGCCCCCAGGCCCCCAGCUGAAGCCAUGAAGCCAGCCCCCAACAAUCAGAAGUCCAUGCUGGAAAAACUCAAGCUUUUCAACAGCAAAGGGGCUUCCAAGGCAGGCGAGGGCCCGGGGUCGCGGGACACGAGCUGCGAGCGGCUCGAGAUUCUGCCCAGCUUUGAAGAGAGCGAAGAGAUGGAGGCCACCGGUCGCUCGCUGUCCACGGCGGGUCCCGCUUCCAACAGCCCCAAGAUUGCGCUCAAGGGCAUCGCCCAGAGAACUUUUAGCCGGGCGCUGACCAACAAGAAGAGUUCCCCGAAAGCCAAUGAGAAAGAAAAGGAGAAACAACAGCGGGAGAAGGAAAAGGAGAAAAGCAAGGACCUCGCCAAGAGAGCCUCUGUGACGGAAAGGCCGGACCUCAAAGAGGGGCCGAAGGAAGACCCCAGUGGGGCGGUGGUGACCGAGAUGCCAAAAAAGUCCUCCAAGAUCGCCAGCUUCAUCCCCAAAGGGGGAAAGCUCAACAGUGCCAAGAAGGAGGCUACAGCCCCUUCCCACAGUGGAAUACCAAAACCAGGAAUGAAGAGCAUGCCCGGGAAGUCCCCAAGUGCCCCUGCGCCUUCCAAGGAGGUGGAGCGGAGCCGGGGUGGGAAGCCGAGCUCGGGGCUCCCCCAGCAGAAGCCCCAGCUGGACGGCAGACACUCCAGUUCCUCCUCCAGCCUGGCGUCCUCAGAAGGCAAAGGCCCCGGAGGGACCACCCUGAACCACAGCAUCAGCAGCCAGACUGUCAGCGGGUCCGUCGGGACCACCCAGACCACAGGAAGCAAUACCGUCAGUGUCCAGCUACCUCAGCCCCAGCAGCAAUACAACCACCCCAACACGGCCACCGUCGCACCUUUCCUGUACAGGUCCCAGACAGACACCGAAGGGAAUGUUACUGCUGAAUCCAGCUCCGCGGGUGUGAGCAUGGAGCCCAGCCACUACACCAAGAGUGGACAGCCUGCUCUGGAAGAACUCACUGGGGAAGACCCCGAGGCUCGGCGACUGCGGACCGUGAAGAACAUCGCCGACCUGCGGCAGAAUUUGGAGGAGACCAUGUCUAGUUUACGGGGGACUCAGGUCACACACAGCACAUUGGAAACCACAUUUGACAGCAACGUCACCACGGAGAUAAGCGGGCGCAGUAUCCUCAGCUUGAGCGGCAGACCCACUCCCCUGUCCUGGAGACUCGGCCAGUCCAGCCCUCGGCUUCAAGCGGGAGAUGCCCCCUCUAUGGGCAACGGGUACCCCCCUCGAGCCAAUGCCAGCCGGUUCAUCAACACCGAGUCGGGCCGCUACGUGUACUCUGCCCCUCUGCGGAGGCAGCUCGCCUCCAGGGGAAACAGCGUGUGCCACGUGGACAUCUCAGACAAGGCAGGAGACGAGAUGGACCUGGAAGGCAUCAGCAUGGAUGCCCCCGGCUACAUGAGUGAUGGGGAUGUUCUGAGCAAGAACAUCCGGACGGAUGACAUCACCAGCGGGUACAUGACCGAUGGUGGACUUGGCCUCUACACUCGUCGCCUGAACCGGCUCCCCGAUGGGAUGGCUGUGGUGCGGGAGACCCUGCAAAGAAAUACCUCCCUGGGCCUUGGCGAUGCUGACAGCUGGGAUGACAGCAGCUCCGUCAGCAGCGGGAUCAGCGACACCAUAGACAACCUCAGCACCGAUGACAUCAACACCAGCUCCUCCAUCAGUUCCUAUGCCAACACACCUGCCUCCUCUCGCAAAAACCUGGAUGUGCAGACCGACGCUGAGAAGCAUUCGCAGGUGGAGAGGGGUUCCCUGUGGUCGGGCGAUGAUGUCAAGAAGUCAGACGGAGGCUCAGACAGCGGCAUAAAGAUGGAGCCUGGGUCUAAGUGGAGACGGAAUCCCUCGGACGUGUCUGACGAGUCUGACAAAAGCACGUCGGGCAAGAAGAAUCCGGUCAUCUCCCAGACGGGCUCGUGGCGGCGAGGCAUGACCGCGCAGGUGGGCAUCACCAUGCCGAGGACGAAGGCGGCUGCCCCAGCAGGCCCGCUCAAGACCCCAGGAACUGGAAAAACAGAUGAUGCAAAGGUGUCUGAGAAAGGAAGACUGUCUCCCAAAGCCUCCCAGGUGAGGCGCUCCCCAUCAGACGCAGGCCGCAGCAGCGGUGACGAGUCCAAAAAGCCCCUCUCCAGCAGUUCCAGGACCCCCACUGCCAACGCCAACAGUUUUGGGUUCAAGAAGCAGAGCGGCUCGGCCGCUGGGCUGGCCAUGAUCACAGCCAGCGGGGCUACCAUCACCAGCAGGUCAGCCACACUGGGCAAGAUCCCCAAGUCAUCCGCACUCGUCGGUCGGUCCGCUGGCCGGAAGACGAGCAUGGAUGGGGCCCAGAACCAGGACGAUGGGUACCUGGCUCUCAGCUCCCGGACCAACUUGCAGUACCGGAGUUUGCCAAGGCCCAGUAAGUCCACCAGCCGCAACGGGGCCGGGAACAGGUCUAGCACCAGCAGCAUCGAUUCCAACAUCAGCAGUAAGUCCGCGGGCCUGCCGGUGCCCAAGCUGAGGGAGCCUUCCAAAACGGCCCUGGGCAGCUCUCUGCCCGGUCUGGUCAACCAGACGGAUAAGGAGAAAGGCAUCUCGUCUGACAACGAGAGUGUGGCUUCCUGUAACUCGGUGAAGGUGAACCCGGCAGCCCAGCCUGUGUCUGGUGCGGCUCAGGCGACGCUCCAGCCAGGCGCCAAGUACCCCGACGUGGCCUCUCCCACGCUCCGCAGACUCUUUGGUGGGAAGCCUACCAAGCAAGUGCCCAUUGCCACAGCAGAAACCAUGAAAAACUCAGUGGUGAUCUCCAAUCCUCAUGCCACCUCGACCCAGCAAGGUAACUUAGAGUCCCCCUCAGGCAGCGGCGUCCUGAGCAGUGGGAGCAGCAGUCCUCUCUACAGUAAGAAUCUGGAUAUCAACCAGUCUCCUCUAGCCUCCAGCCCCAGCUCAGCCCACUCGGGCCCUUCCAACAGCCUCACCUGGGGCACCAACCCCAGCAGCUCGUCCGCGGUCAGCAAGGACGGCCUGGGCUUCCAGUCCGUCAGCAGCCUCCACACCAGCUGCGAGUCCAUUGACAUCUCCCUCAGCAGUGGAGGGGGGCUGAGUCACAAUUCCUCCACGGGCCUCAUCACCUCCUCUAAAGACGACUCCCUGACACCCUUCGUCCGAACCAACAGCGUGAAGACCACGCUGUCGGAAAGCCCUCUCUCUUCCCCUGCUGCUAGCCCUAAGUUCUGCAGAAGUACUCUGCCCAGGAAACAGGACAGUGACCCGCACCUUGAUAGGAACACUUUGCCUAAAAAAGGACUCAGGUAUACUCCCACCUCCCAGCUUCGCACCCAAGAAGACGCAAAAGAAUGGUUACGGUCCCACUCUGCAGGAGGCCUGCAGGACCCCGCUGCCAAUUCCCCUUUUUCCUCUGGCUCCAGUGUAACGUCUCCCUCCGGAACAAGAUUCAACUUUUCCCAGCUUGCGAGUCCCACCACUGUUACCCAGAUGAGCUUGUCCAACCCAACCAUGCUGAGGACCCACAGCCUCUCCAAUGCCGAUGGGCAGUAUGACCCAUACACCGACAGCCGAUUCCGGAAUAGCUCCAUGUCCCUGGAUGAGAAGAGCAGAACCAUGAGCCGCUCGGGCUCCUUCCGGGAUGGAUUUGAAGAAGUUCACGGAUCCUCGCUCUCCUUGGUUUCCAGCACGUCAUCGAUUUAUUCUACACCAGAAGAAAAGUGCCAGUCGGAGAUUCGCAAACUGCGGCGGGAGCUGGAUGCCUCCCAGGAAAAGGUUUCAGCUUUGACCACGCAGCUGACCGCAAACGCUCACCUGGUGGCAGCCUUUGAACAGAGUCUUGGAAACAUGACAAUCAGGCUCCAGAGUUUGACCAUGACAGCUGAGCAAAAGGAUUCAGAACUGAAUGAGUUAAGAAAAACCAUCGAGCUGCUGAAGAAACAGAACGCAGCCGCCCAGGCUGCCAUUAAUGGGGUCAUUAACACACCGGAGCUCAACUGCAAAGGAAGCGGUACCUCGCAGUCUACAGACCUCCGCAUCCGCAGACAGCACUCCUCUGAUAGUGUCUCCAGCAUCAACAGCACUACCAGCCACUCCAGCGUGGGCAGCAACAUGGAGAGUGACGCCAGGAAGAAGAAGAGAAAGAAUUGGUUACGCAGCUCCUUCAAGCAAGCCUUCGGGAAGAAGAAGUCCCCCAAGUCUGCGUCCUCUCAUUCAGACAUCGAGGAGAUGACCGAUUCUUCGUUGCCUUCCUCACCAAAGCUACCACACAACGGUUCCACAGGUUCCACGCCACUGUUGAGGGGCUCUCACUCCAACUCCCUCAUUUCAGAGUGCAUUGAUAGUGAAGCCGAGACGGUCAUGCAGCUCCGAAAUGAGCUGCGAGACAAGGAGAUGAAGCUGACAGACAUCCGCCUAGAAGCCCUCAGCUCCGCACACCAGCUUGACCAGCUCCGGGAGGCCAUGAACAGGAUGCAGAGUGAAAUAGAGAAGCUGAAAGCUGAGAACGACCGGCUGAAGUCCGAGUCUCAAGGCAGUGGCUGCAGCCGGGCGCCCUCCCAGGUGUCCCUCUCGGCCUCCCCUAGGCAGUCCAUGGGCCUCUCCCAGCACAGCCUGAACCUCACGGAGUCAACCAGCCUGGACAUGUUGCUGGAUGACACUGGUGAAUGCUCGGCUCGGAAGGAAGGAGGCAGGCAUGUUAAGAUAGUUGUCAGCUUUCAGGAGGAAAUGAAGUGGAAGGAGGAUUCCAGACCACACCUCUUUCUUAUUGGCUGCAUUGGAGUUAGUGGCAAGACGAAGUGGGAUGUGCUCGAUGGGGUGGUUAGACGACUGUUCAAAGAAUACAUCAUCCACGUCGACCCCGUGAGUCAGCUGGGGCUGAAUUCAGAUAGUGUUCUGGGCUACAGCAUUGGGGAAAUCAAGCGCAGCAACACCUCCGAGACCCCCGAGCUUCUUCCCUGUGGCUAUCUGGUUGGCGAGAACACGACCAUCUCUGUGACCGUCAAAGGGCUCGCGGAGAACAGCCUGGACUCCCUGGUGUUCGAGUCCCUGAUCCCCAAGCCCAUCCUGCAGCGCUACGUUUCCCUGCUGGUGGAGCACCGGCGGAUCAUCCUCUCUGGCCCCAGCGGCACCGGGAAAACCUACUUGGCCAACCGGCUGUCCGAGUACUUGGUGCUGCGGGAGGGACGGGAGCUGACGGAUGGUGUCAUCGCCACCUUCAACGUGGACCACAAGUCCAGCAAGGAAUUGCGCCAGUACCUGUCCAACCUUGCUGACCAGUGCACCAGCGAGAACAACGCUGUGGACCUGCCCCUCGUCAUCAUCCUCGACAACCUGCAUCACGUCAGCUCCCUGGGCGAGAUCUUCAAUGGGCUGCUCAACUGCAAGGACCAUAAAUGCCCUUACAUAAUCGGCACAAUGAACCAGGCUACCUCAUCUACUCCCAAUCUGCAGCUUCAUCACAACUUCAGGUGGGUGCUUUGUGCCAACCACACAGAGCCCGUGAAGGGCUUUCUCGGCCGGUUCCUAAGGCGGAAGCUCAUGGAAACAGAGAUCAGUGGGCGAGUGCGGAAUGUGGAGCUGGUAAAAAUCAUCGACUGGAUUCCCAAGGUCUGGCAUCACCUCAACCGCUUCCUGGAGGCUCACAGCUCCUCAGACGUCACCAUAGUUUCAGCUCUGAUGGACUUUCCCUGUGGUCCCCAGGCCCCCGGCUCUUCCUGUCAUGCCCCAUCGAUGUGGAUGGCUCCAGGGUGUGGUUCACCGACUUGUGGAACUACUCGAUUAUCCCCUAUCUCCUGGAAGCCGUCAGAGAAGGACUCCAGACGUCUGACUGACAUGGGGUGACAGCCCCUCAUGGGGGAGGCCAUCAGUCUGGCACAGAGUAGGACGACUUAGCUGCAUAUCUUGGCUCCGCCACUGUUCAUGUGUGACCCCAGGCAAGUUGUUCAGCCUCUCUGUGCCCUAGUGCCCUGGCUGAUAGAAGAGGAGAAUGACCAUCCUCUACCACAAGCAGUUACUGCGAGGGUUAAAUGCAGUCAUGGCCAUAAAGCGCCCAGCACAGCGAGCGCACAAGAAAUGGAAGCGUGCAGUUUGCGAAGUAGUCUCCUCUCUGCUCUUUGACUCAAGCCUGCUUUAGUCCUGGGACUUGAGCAGAGGUGGGUUUUUUUUUUUUUUUUGGUCUCCAUUUUUCAGGAGGGGAAAAUUAAGGCUCAGAGAGAGUAAGUGGGUUGCCCAAGGUCAUAAAAAGGACACUUGAAGAAGCUGAGAUUGGAGUCCAGUCCCCUAACUCGAAUUCCAGGUUCUGAGGCCUCGGCCCCAUAGCACUCACUACCUGCCACCCAGAUACCCUCACCCGCCCACUCUGCCUCCCCCCACGACCCUGGGGCCCCCGGGGCUGCAAGCCCCUACGCUGCAGGGGCUGGAAGGCAGCAUCCUUCACUUCUCAUUCAGCCCAGCCUUGAGUGCUAGGGCGGGCUUAGCAUUAAAUUGGAGCUUGCACCAGUGACACGGUUGAGUCUGGAGGCGGCUGUAGAAGUUUCUAGGCUUGCAGCACGUACACUGAGUAAUGAGCAGGCAUCAGGCACAGCUGAAGAGUCCAGGAACCAGCCGGGUUCCCAAGGGCUCCUUGGCUUCCUCCACGCUGGGCAGCUGGAGACCCAGGAGGCUGCUGUGGGCCGGUGGAGGGCACGGGAGGGGGCACACCCACGUGCGUGUAUGGGGUACAGCCCGUUCGGGGCCGCAGUGUGUGUGUCGCUGCCCCUGGUGGAUGUGUAGCCGCUUGGUGCCGUGCAGCGGCCUGUGGUUUCAGAGGCUGCCGGGACGGCAAGAACUGGGAAAGGAACGUACCGUGCCUCUUGCAGCUCCUGCCUCACCGAGCUGGAGCACGGCUGUCCCACAAAUGCAGGCCGCCUUGGGGCAAUCGAGGUGCACCUGAAGGCAGACUAGCAAGCAGAUAGGCAGUCCCUUGGUCAGCCCCAAAUCAUUGGUUAGUCACACGCAAAGACCGGUCACUGACGGCAGCCUUUCUCCUGUGUCACGUGGCUUUCGUAAAGCAAGGUGUGAGGGAUUUCAGAUCUUUGCAGUAGGAUCUCCCUAGGUAGAUAAAUUCACUGACCUGGGUCAGCGGACCCUAGUUUAGUCUUUAAUCAGAUGAUCUGUCCGUGCCGCAAACCCAAGGAGCUGUGCAGUCAUUCCUGUUUUCUUGGGCCAGUGGAGGCAUCUCCCACAUGCUGGAUUCUUGAAGUCGGUUUCAUUUCAGAAGCCCCCUCCUCCGUUCUCCUUCAGUGGCUUUCCUGGGGCUGUGCUAUGCCCGGCACCUCCGGGGGACCCCCAUGCUGCUCAAAAGAAGUAAGGGAAUUAGAGGAAGUGCGCCAUUUCCUCUUAUUUCUGCCUCUCCUCUCACUUGUUCAUCUGCUGCUUCUUUGCUCCAAAUGUAUUUUGUGAUGAGGGAUAGGCAGUGACCUCAGGGCGUGCUUGGAAGAACCCAUGGGCUCUGUUGGUUAAGGGCUGGCCUCCCUUGCGCAGUGAAGCACAAACCAUGAGUGGGGAGACACAAGGAGUACUCCAGCCUUGAACUACACAUAUCAGCUGGCCCCCUGUCGGUCCUCACCCAGGAUGGACAUGCCAGGACCCUGCUCCUUUCGACUUGAAUUUCAAAGAAAGCCUUCUGGGCACGGCCAUAAAGGUGGAGUCCAAAUGCCCUUCCUGGGGCUCUUUCCCACCAAGAGCACGGAGGAUUUGGGGAUGGCUAUAGAACGUUCCGUCUGGGGCAGGGAACAGAGACAUACCACCAUCUCAUGGGACUUACCAGUUCAGCGUGAAGCAAAAAUAAGUCAUUGCUUCCCUGCGCUGUGAGGUCAUUUGAAAGACCAUCCUUCAAGAGUGUGGGAGCAAGUGGGGGUGGGGAGGCAGCAGAAUUAGCAUUUUACCAAGUUGCUCAAAAGUGAGCCACCUUGCUCCAAACCUGUGACCUCAUCAUCCUGAGGAGCCCAGGAAAACCCCCAGAAUCUACUGAUUCCUGAGGAAACCUGGUGUGUUCUUCAGGCCCCUGGUUUUGAAGGAAAGUCUGCUGACGUUGAUUGAGGGUCUGCUACUUGCUGGGCCCUGUGAGGGGCCUGAUGUGCACGAUCUCUUUUAGUUCUAACAGCUCAAAGAGUACCUCAUAAACGAGGAAACCAGGCUCACAAGAGUUUUUACUGUUACCCAAGGUCACUCACUGGGGUGUGAUGAGCCAGCAUUGGGGCCAGGUCUGGCUGACCCCUCCGUUACUUCUGGGAUUUUCAAGCUGUCCUCAGGACCCCCUAACUUCCAGAAGCCUCAGGUGGUUCAGGGAACGAAGUAUUGUGUUUCAUAGGGUGGUUUUCUACAGAAGAUCUCAUUUAACAAAAGGAUUCCUCUGUUUAAAAAAAAAGAAAAAAAAAGUUCGAUUCCCCACUCCCCCUGUGUUACCCUGAGUCCCUGCUAACUGUGUGCUGAAUGCUGUGUGAGGCCACUCCUUACGGGACCCUGUGAGGGGAGCGAGUGGCCGUGAGGGGACUGUGGUUCAGAGCAGGCAAGCAUGGCCUCCCGGUGGCUCCGCACAUUCUGUGGAGUCAGGAGGCUCACAGAGGCCCCGGUAUUUGUUCCUGUUGGCUCAGCCCACAGCUCCUGAGCCAUAGGGGAAGGUGAAUGUCCCGUCUGCCUGUCUCUCUGUCCAGCUGUCUCUGCUGCUUCCCAGAGCUGCCUCAGGGCUCUGCUGCAGUGGGGCCGAGGAGCUUUUAUGGUAAUUCCUUUGCCUGCCAUAGUCCUGACCCAACCAUUCAUCACCUGGUCUUGAACAUGUCUAGUGGCAAGCGCGGAAGCUUGUAAAAAUAUUUUCUGUUCUUGCAGAUGACGUUCACAAGCGCCCAAUGUACAUUUAUCUUAUGACUCAGUUCCCAGUCCUGCUCCCCUCUGGAGCCAUCAUUGUAAACAUUUGCCAAAGUGUCUGAAGUCUAUAGAGCAACUCAAAGGACCUGUGUUCUCCUGGUGGGCGGGGAAGAGCGUUGGGCCAUUUAUCGGAUGACCCAACCUGCUCUGAGACCCUGGGCAAGUCUCCUGUCUGUAGGUUCCCUGUCUGUGAUCUGAGCAGCUUAGACUAGAAGAGUAUUUUCUCCGGCUGGCUUCUGUGGAGCCCAGAAGGUCCUCAGGCUAUUCAGUGGUAGGGUCAGGGGAAGAGCAAGUAUUUGAAAACCUCUGGGCCAUAUUAUGUCUAAGGACUGGAUGAGCUCCACAUCCCAGCCUCUUGCUCUGCAGCCCUGAGCCUCUCCUCUUCCAGACUGGCUCCGGAAGUAAGCCUCACGCAUGAGGCCUGGCUUGGGAAAUGUGGCCCAAACCUCCCUCUGGAGGGAGAAGCUUCUAAAAUUGCAGGAAUGUUUCUGAUGGAGAGCAGCCUUCUUCAGUUCUGAAUAUGCCCCAAAUGCUUGUGUGCUCCCUCCCUCCCUGGCUUGCACACACGUGCACAUGCCCUCACCUUCACGUCAUCCCUUCUCGCUCGGACCAGGAACAGCCUUUAGAACACCAGACUGAAUCCUCAGGCCCAAGACUCACCGCUGCCCCAGGUGAAGGAAGAUUUAGCGACAGACAGGGUCAGGGUGCUAGACGGGAGGGGUGCAGGCGUCUGAGAAAGCAGUGAGGUCACAGGAGGCUGUGCGUGUCUUGAGCACAGGAAGAGCUAGUCACUAAUGGGGAGGGACGGGUAAGCCCCUGGGCCAUGCGGGCAGGGUGGGUGGCUUCCCCGACAAAUCAGACGUCAAGGUCAGAGGUACCGUAGGCCCCCGUGAAUCACCCAGCUGACACACCCUUGUCUGGUGAAUAGCCUGGUCUGCCUCUCCCUACUCUGGUUUUGGCUGAGUCAUGGCUCUUGUCUCUUGCUGAUACCAGGUGGACUCGGUCAGGAGGGGCGGAGAGGGGAAGAAAGGCCCAGACAAGGAAGCUGAGGUCCCGGGUUUGAAUCCAGCUCCACUCCAUAACCUUUCACGGCUGGCCUUCCUGUUUAGACCCCAACGACCCCAUCCAGUAAACAAGGCCAGGGGACUCCAGUUCCUUCCAGCUGGGGCAGCCUAGGACCUGGAUAGGUGUGAUCUGGUCAGUCAGAGCUCAGCUCUGUUCUGGUAGCAAGUCCUCUCUCCCCUCUCUCCUGUAGGAGUUGUGGGAGGGCGGAGGGAGCUGCCCUGCAGACGUGGUGGUUCAGGAGUCUUUGGUCUGUGUACCCCAUGGUCCCCUGUCGAAGGGGUACUCCCCAGUGCUGGGCAAGCACACCUUCCACGUCUCAGACUCAGUGGUGCGUGGAGGCGGACAGACUUGGGUUCCUGUUCUUCUGCCUCUCCUCCCUGGGCUUGUCCCCCUCAUCUGGGAGACUCAGGCAGUCCUGCUCCCCCUUGGAGUCACAUGGCAGUUCUGCGCAGUAUUUGUAAAACGCUGCUGACCCACCAUCAGCUGUAAGAUGGGGCAGCCGUGGUGGCAUUAACAGAGAGAAGAUGCAGACGGUAUGAUGAAGAUGAAGACUGUAUCCUAUGCAGAGCCCCACCUGGGGACGGGCAGCGGCCCGGUUUCUGUCCUUGGAAGAGAGAAUAGAUUUCUUGACAUUGCUGGUAAAAUCCACUAUAAUAAUCUUAUCAUUAAAUAGUGAAGUCUUAAAAAAAGGCCUUAAAUUAAGUGAUAACAUAGUUUCCCGUCAGUUGUUCCGGGCAGUUUUGAAGGAUAAUAGUUGAAAGACUUAAAAUUCCAAUACCCGUGUGUAACCUCGGUUAACAGGGUGACCAGCACUGCUGUGAGGGGCUCUGAGAGUCUGAGCUGCUUCAGGAGAUGGGGUUUUAUUGAACCAGGGCACCACUCCACUGUGGUGUUGAUGCCCGGCGCACGAUCGGUGUCGGAGGUCAUCUUCAGGGGUUCACCCAAUGGGAUACUAGAGCCGACUCAUGUGAGCCGAGGGUCAGCACCUCCUUCCAACUCCCAAGUUCAGUGCUACCAUAUUGGUGGUUUAAGAUCGGCCAUAGGAGGAGUAUUUACCCCACAGAAAUUGGCACAUGCUUCAAAUCAUGCGGUUGGGGUCCCUCCCCGCAAGCGGCUACUUUUCAGAUUGGAUCAGCAAAGCGUAGAGUUUAGGGUGACUCGGUGAGACCAUGGCAGAGCGAAGAUGGGGACCCAGGUCAGAUGAUGACUCCAAAGCCAGCACCUUUGACCCUUAGGUCACGUUGCCUUCAGUCUUGGCACAUCAAGCUGUGGGUACCUCGGGUGGCUUCCUUCCUUAGAAUUCUGGAAGUGCAGUUACUCCAUCAGGGAAGGCAUGAUGCUGGGCUUGAGGAAGUUUCCGAAGGCUGCACAACCAGGGCUGCAGAGGAGGUCUCGGGCCAGUCCCAGACUAUUC